AUGCCCGUUGAAACCCCUCACUAUGUUAAGGGAUCUGAGCUUUCUGAUAAUGAUCUCUUUUUUCUUCGAUGGGUUUUUGAAGAUCAUUUUGACUUGUUGACAAACUAUAUUGAAUUGAAUCUCCCUCAGUAUAAAAUUCAUAUCGCCCGGCCUGAAAGUGGCGUUUCUUGGAGCUCUUACAGAAACAAGGAACGUGGGUUUCUAGUCUGGCUAGUCAAGUCUAAGGAAUUCCAGGAUCCCUUAUCUUCAUUGAAGUCUGCUCUUCUUUUUUACAAGGCUCAGGAAGAACGGAAGCUCAAGGAAAAUGAAGAUCUUACUACUGCUGUAGCUGCUGCCGCUAUCGCUGCUGAUGCUACCAGUGCUUCUGUCUGUAUUGAUACUGAUAAGGACUCUGAUGAUGAAAAAACAAUUGCUAGUACUCCCAUCACUGACUUGGAACAGGAGAUGAUUGAUGUACCUAAAAUAGUUGCUGAGCAAUUAACUUUGGUUCGCAAUAACAUUAAGAAGUACUACCAAGAAAUGGAAGAAAUUGAAUCUUUAGUCAACCAAAUUUGGAACACUGGCGAUGCGGAUUCCGCUAACAAAACGGAGCAAAACGUUGAAGAUUCAAUUGUCAAUACUGGUAGCGAAUGGUGUGUCGUUGACGAUACUCAAUUUAAGGAUGUUCUCAAUAUUAAGCCUAAAAAAGGGUUGUUGCAGAAGGUUUCUGAAAAAGCUACUAAAAUUGCUCUCCAGUAA